GGGCUGGGCGGGCAGGGCGCUGCCCGCCCCGCUCCCCCCGCCAAUGUCAGGGGGGACUCGGGCUAUGCGGGCAUCUCCCGAGGAGCCCGCUUCCCGCAGCGGGCGGGCGCGGUAUAUUUAGCAUCGCGUCGCUUUAUUCCUCCCCCAAAGUUUCGCCCUCUUAUUUAUUUAUUUGCCGGCGAGCGCCGCGCUGCCGCAGAGCAGCAAGAGCCGCUCCGCGCCGUGCCGAGCGCUGGAAGCGGCUCGGUAUUGCAGCAGGUAGGGCUGAGCGCUAGGACCUCGGAGAAUCCUUCCAGCAGCAAUCAGGACUACCUUAAACCCAGCCCAAUGCCUCUUCCUGCGCCACUCUGCGUGCUGGAUGGAGAUCCACAGUCAAGAGCUGCAGCUCAGUGCUGGAGUACAACAUUUCACAGGGAGCCCUGCAGAAGCAACACCUGUUUCGAGCCAGCCAAGAAAGACACAAGCACUUGUAUGUUGCUGCUUUGCUUGUGGAUCGUCAAUAAUCCUAAACCAGUGGACAUCUGCUGAACCUCCUGAGAAUUCUGGAUAAUAGAUUUGGACGUCAAAAGUUUUUUUUUUCCUUUUUCUUUUUUCCUUUUUUUUUUUUUUUUUGGAUUUAUCUCAGCCAACAACGUGAGAUUUCCCCCCUCCCCCUUUGCAGGAUUCAUGCUGAUGUAUGCAGUCUGUUAUAGAGUAAAAACAGCGCAUGCCUUUCUGGAGUCAGAAUCCAUAAAUCCUGACGUAGCCUGUGCAUCUUAAAAAAAAAAAAAUCCCUAUAACGCCUAGGUAUUUAAGUUGCUAUGGUCAUUCUUAUCUUAAACCAAAUGGAGAAACUACGGAUUUUUUUCUUUAUUACAGUUGGAUGGGCUGAAGACCGUAUUGCUUGCUAAGAGCUGGGGAUAUAUGCAUUUAUAUAGAUAUACACAUCUAUAUGUUUAUAAAUAUGUCAGUGUGUGAGUAUAAAGUGGUGGUUUCUUAGACUAACUGGUUUGACCUUGAACCUGUACCAGUCAAAACAGAAUAUUACUUUUAUUUAUGCAUUUAAUGGAUUGAAGAAAGAACAUUUUCUCUGUAACUGCGCUAGGGAGGGGAGAGGAGUGGAAUAUACCUAAUCUUAUAUCUCCUGGGUUUGGCACCAUCAUUAUUGUUUAUUCUCAUUCUCUAAAAGCAGAAUCUUCUGAUGGCUCCCUUAGGUGAAGUUGGGAACUAUUUCGGUGUGCAGGAUGCAGUACCCUUUGGGAAUGUGCCCGUUUUGCCGGUGGAUAGUCCGGUUUUGUUAAGUGACCACCUGGGUCAGUCUGAGGCAGGUGGGCUACCCAGGGGGCCUGCGGUCACGGACUUGGACCAUUUAAAGGGGAUCCUCAGGCGGAGGCAGCUAUACUGCAGGACUGGAUUUCAUUUAGAAAUCUUCCCCAAUGGUACUAUCCAGGGAACCAGGCAAGACCACAGCAGAUUUGGUAUACUGGAAUUUAUCAGUAUAGCAGUGGGCUUGGUCAGCAUCCGAGGAGUCGACAGUGGACUUUACCUUGGAAUGAAUGAGAAGGGGGAACUGUAUGGCUCGGAAAAAUUAACCCAGGAGUGUGUAUUCAGAGAGCAAUUUGAAGAAAACUGGUAUAACACAUAUUCAUCAAAUCUAUAUAAACAUGUGGACACUGGAAGACGAUACUACGUUGCGUUAAAUAAAGAUGGGACUCCACGGGAAGGGACUAGGACUAAACGGCAUCAAAAAUUUACACAUUUUUUACCUAGACCAGUGGACCCUGAGAAAGUACCAGAACUAUAUAAGGAUAUUUUAAGCCAAAGUUGACAAAGACAAUUCCUUCACUUGAGCCCUUAAAAAGUAACCACUAUAAAGGUUUCAUGCGGUGGGUUCUUAUUGAUUAGCUGUGUCAUCACAUCAGCUCCACUGUUGCCAAACUUUGUCGCAUGCAUAAUGUAUGAUGGAGGCUUGGAUGGAACAUGCUGAUUUUGUUCUGCACUUAAAGGUUUGUCCUCCUGGAGGAGAGCCUAUGCCCACUCGCUUGAUUUAGUACGAGAGGGAGCGCGAGAGAGUGAGUGCGAGAGAGAGAGAAAGGGAGAGGAUGAAUGGGAGUGCGAGAGCGAGAGAGGAGCCGAGGGGAGGAGGAGGGUGAGGAGGAGGAGGAGGAGGAGGAGGAAGGCCUGAUGCAUGCUGGGGAAUAGACACGCUUUUAAAUUUUUGAUCAGUUGUACUUCGUCAUAUAUCAGCAUAGCUGCCAUACUUCGAUUCAUCAGGAUUUUUGGCUGGUGGCCUGCUCAAGUGUACGCUGCAUUUACAAAGGCAUGGAGGGUGCAGUCUUACUUAAACAAGAGACUUUUCAGUUAAUCGCUCUCUGGGUCUCACCCCACUGAGUUUAAAGCAAAGACCUCUUAGUAAAAAAAAAAUAAAAAUAAAAAGUUAAAAUUUAUUUAUAGAAAUUCCAAAGGCAACAUUUUAUUUAUUUUAUAUAUUUAUUUAUUAUAUAGAGUUUAUUUUUAAUGAAAUAUGUACAGGCCAGAUAGGCAUUUUGGAAGCUUUAGGCUCUGUAAGCAUUGAAAUGGCAAAGGCCACUAUGAACCUGUGGUAAAUUCAUGCAAGUAAAUAUAAAGGUGCAUGGAUAAAAAAAAAAGCCAACAAUAAAAAGGUAAUAAUAAUAAAUUCUAGUGACCCUCAUGUACUAAAGGCGACAAUCUCUUUUGUGCCCGUAUUAUUGUACAAGUAUGCACACCACUCAUGACACUGAGUCCUCACUCUUCUGACUGCUUGUUUCAUAGCUUACCCCAGAGGAUUAAAGAGAAAACUGGGUCUUCAACUUUUUUUUAUGUGUCUGUAAUAUUUCCUCUCUGAUAAAGUGACUUCUUACAUCAUUGUAAAUCUCACAGUUGUGGAAAAUAUAGGAGUUGGAAUAUAUUCUACUUGUUAAAACCUAUUGCAGAUUAUACCAAAGCUAAAUGAUAAAUAUGCUAUUUUUUUUCCUAAAGAGAAUGCCAGAAACAACAUAAAUAAUACCAACAACAAUUAUACUAAUUUUAAGAUUCCACAAAGAACACAUAAAUAUUUCAGAGGGCAAGAGCCAGGUUAACAGGAUCACUCUUGUAAACAUGUUUAUUUGUGCACUUGACUAUCUACUAUGAAAUUAUACAAGUUCCAUAGGGGUCAUUGUAAUACCUUUUAUGGAAAAUUGCUUUCAGUGUGAACUGUCAUAAUACAUGAUAUUAGCACCCUUCCUAAAGUAAAACUUGCAAAAUGAAACUAAUAAAUCUCUAUCAAUAAUGACAAUGAGGGGGACAGUAUUAGACUUAUUUUUAUUGUUUUUCCUAAAGUAUGUUCAAAUAUUCAUGAACUCUAAGUGAGGAAACAGUAUGUAAUAUUUAAGGGUAUGUAGCAUUUUAUGAUAAGCACACAAACACAUUGAUUAGCAGCUACCAUUUGGAAAUUAACCCUCAGGAAGAGGCAUUUUUUACCUAAUACUCUGAAGAAAAGGAAAAAAAAAAGAGACAAAAUCCAUAUGGCAAAUGCAUUUUGUAGUAUCCCUAAGGAUUUGAAUCCAGUGCCACUAAGCUGAGUGUAGCCUUCACCUUUGGAUAUGUUGGGAGCAGGGCUGGUCCAUACACCCUGUGUAUGCACGCGGGCUCCUUUGGAGGAGUGAUGUAAAAGGUUGUAGCCUACUUGUAACUAAGAAAUUUUUGCUCUAAAGCACUCUUGUUCAUCUGAUUGAUAUGAUUUGAAACUUAUUUCUGUUCUGGAACAACCUGUGGCUCAGUGUCCUGAGCACACAGGAGCAGGUAGGAGGAGCCGUGUCUCAACCGGCGGUAUGGGUAACCUGAAAUGUAACGUGGCCCUUUGUUGUAAUUGAUUAUGAAAGAUAAAGGUACGUACAUUGCAUUAGUUGAUUUCUAGGACACUUGUCUAGGGACUGUUGUUUCCUUGGAAUUUCCAGCCUCGGGGCUGCGGAUGGUUUGGCUGCUGUGGGUCAGUCGAUCAUUGGCGUGGGCGAUGCAAAGAGCGUGGGGGAAGAAAAGGCACCUCUGGGCAGGACUAGGGCUCAUUGCUCCCUGUUAAAUGGAUCAACCCCACCACAAGGAAGGGAGGUUGCAACUCUCUGCUGUUUCAGUAACUCUGACAUACACCAGGGAAUUAUCUGCAAAGGUUAAAAUUACUCUGAGUUGAGGCCGCAAUACUAGGCCACAGUUAAAGUCUUAAUGUUAAAUUGACUUGGAUUUUUAGUCAUAGGCUAAUCAUUACUACUAGUUAACAUGUUUUAUUUAAUUUUUUUUUUUUUUUUGUAUUUUUCUAAAGAAAGGAUUAAACUCGAGAAAAAUGUUAUGAGUUUAUGGCAGUCCUUCUAAAUAAACUGUAACCGAUUUACUUGAAUAA